CGCCCUGCCCCGCCGGGGGUGCCCGUGCGCGCCUCGGCCCGAUGGCGCUGCAGGCGCUGCAGAGCUCGGGGGUGGCCUUCCGCAGGAUCCUGUCUCACUUCCCCGAGGACCUGAGCCUGGCUUUCGCCUAUGGCUCUGGGGUGUACCGCCAGGCGGGGCCCAGUUCAAACCAGAAGAAUGUCAUGCUGGACUUUGUGUUUACAGUAGAUGACCCUGUUGCAUGGCAUUCAAAGAACCUGAAGAAAAAUCAGAGCCAUUACUCUUUCCUAAAAGUUUUGGGGCCCAAGGUUAUCACCACUAUCCAGAAUAACUAUGGCGCUGGAGUUUACUACAAUCCGUUGCUCAUGUGUGAUGGUAGGCUUAUCAAAUAUGGGGUUAUUAGCACUAGUAUUUUGAUUGAAGAUCUCCUCAACUGGAAUAACUUAUACAUUGCUGGACGACUCCAAAAACCGGCCUCUCUGGCAGUGUCCCAGGAGUUCACUGGCUUUUCAUUCUGAACAACAAAUAACAGUGCUGCUGAGACAAGUUCCUAGUUCACCUUACACUGGAGAACCAGAUCAGCACAGUAGCAGAGUCUUCUGAAUUGACAUUUUUUCCUUUGAGUGAAAAUCAUAGCAAUGAAUGAGAAUGUCCUUCUUAGGUCAGCCCUAGAUAAAAACCUGAAGAGUGCUGUGACUGCUGCUUUCCUCAUGCUUCCAGAAAGCUUUUCUGAAGAAGACCUCUUUAUAGAGAUUGCCGGACUCUCCUAUUCAGGCGACUUUCGGAUGGUGGUUGGAGAGGAUAAGACAAAAGUGUUGAAUAUUGUAAAGCCCAACAUAGCCCACUUUCGUGAGCUGUAUGGCAGCAUACUACAAGAGAAUCCACAAGUGGUGUAUAAAAUCCAGCAAGGCAGACUGGAGAUAGAUAAAAGCCCAGAAGGACAAUUCACGCAGCUAAUGACAUUACCCAAAACCUUACAGCAACAAAUAAAUCGUAUUAUGGACCCUCCUGGAAGGAACAGAGAUGUGGAAGAAACUUUUUUACAACUUGCUCAUGACCCUGACUGCGGAGAUGUGGUACGACUAGGGCUUUCAGCAAUUGUGAGACCUUCUAGCCUGAGACAGAGCAUCAAAGGCAUUUUCACUGCCGGCAUGAAGAAAUCAUUGAUUUAUAGUUCACGAAAACUGCAUAAAAUGUGGAAAGGAUGGCUGAGGAAAACAUCCUGAUUUUGCUUGCUUUUUAUAUGUGCACAAAUAAAGUGUUCCUUUUUGACAAAACA